AGACUUGCUUAUGAUGAGAGCUUAAAGACUGGCAAGCAAGAGAGCUCUCUCUCUGUAUUAAUUAUAGAGAUAUAAUUAAAGGGUCUGUAUUAAAUUAAACAUUUGUAAGUAAUUAUUAUAAGAAUAUAAAGGAGGGACCUUUAUAUUCAAGAAAGUUGAAUUACUUAAAUACCCAGAUAAAGAAAUUGCAAGAUUCUUCAGUGCUGCUCUGUUUAAAAUGGCUUCUGAUACUUGGACUCGAUUUUCUGGCUCUUCAAGGCGUUCCCCUUUUCAGCCAGACCCUUUUAGUGAAGAAGAGGAUGUGGAGGGGGGAGAAGAGGAGAGGCCAGAGUACACUUGUCCAUUCUGUGCUGAGGAUUUCGAUAUGGUGGGACUUUGUUGUCAUUUGGAAACUGAUCACAAGACUGAGACUAAGAAUGAGGUAUGCUCAAUAUGUGAUCAGAAGGUCGGGACGGAUUUGGUUGGCCACAUCACCAUCGAACAUGCUGAUCUCUUAAAAGUGCAGCGCAGAAGGCGUUACCGUAGGGCUUCAUCACUGAGCUUCAUAAGGAGAGAGUUGCGGCAAUUAAAUCUGCCUAAUGUUGCUGAGGGAUCUAACUGGGCUGCUGCUGCUGCUAAUACUGAUGCUGAUCCAUUGCUGUCUUCGUUUAUGUCCAAUCCACCUGCAAAGGAUGAACAAACAAGCAUUGAACCUCGUUCUUCAGAAAAAGCUGUGACUGUAGAAGGAACCUCCGCCGGGAGCUCCUCCGAAAGCAGAGUUCAACCACCUGUGCUUACGGAGCAGGAGCGUGAAGAGAGAGCAGAGAAAGCUCGGAGAAGUAACUUUGUCCAAGGGCUGGUGAUGUCAAGUUUCUUCGGCAAUGAUGACUUCUAGAUUGAGGAUACAAUGUAGCAGCAGGAGCAAUUCAGUUUCAUCUAUUAAAUUAUAGUUUAAAGAAAAGGAGGAGAUAAUCUGGUUUAUUUUGUCGUUUAAGUUGUUUAAGAGAACCACCUAAGCAUGAAGAUAACAUUUUAUGCUUAGACCAGUAUGUAAAGUUUGAACUUGUUUUAAUCUUGUUAUUCCUGCGCGGUACUUUCUUCAGUUUCGAUGUCCAUUAUUAGCUUGUUUCUUUCACUGGCACUGUAAUGCCAGAGAUUAUCCUCUUUGCAGUGUUAUGUGA